AUGACUGAGUACGGUUGCGCAGUGACGAACAAGUUCGGUCUUCCGUCCGACGACGACGAUGGUGAGCGCAUUUUGAUUGUAUCAUCUGUUAUUUAUCACUCGGAGAUUAGAUAAUUCCGUUGCGCACACGGCGUAUUGAUUUAUCGAUUUUUGCCUUUUUUAGAGUAUGACGACCCAAGAGAGCUCAUCCAAAAGGUGUCGCAGCUUGCCGCCAAGAAGAAGGAGGAAAAGACCGCUGUGAAGCCCGCCCAGCCGGCCAAGGAAGCCGCUCCAGCUAGUGAGUUGAUUCUAUCGAAGUUCUAGAGUUAAAAUCGAUUUUUGCAGGCGCUGUCAUCAAGACCGAUGGCGCUGGACGUGGACGUGGUGGACGCGGUCGUGGACGUGGGGGAGCAGGCCGUCCGCGUGACGGAGACAAAGUCUCGCACGACCAGGCUGAUCGCUUCGGCGAGAACCGUCGUGGAGGACCCCGCAGAGGCGGUGAACGUGGAGAGCGCGGAGAGCGUGGAGCUGCGCGCCCAUCUGGGUAAGUUCCUCUUGAAAAUUCUAAAAUCAUAGUUAAACUUGUGUUUUUGCAGACGUGGAGGUCGCGGAGGAUUCCGUGAGAACAGAGAGGCCAACACCUCUGGUGAAGAAGUCAAAGAGCAAAGCUUCGAAGAUGGGCAGGACUCACGUGCCCCGAGACGUCGCGGAGGAUUCACUCUUGGAGGUGGAGCCACCGGCGGACGCGGAGGAGGCCGUGGAGGCCGCGGAAGACAAUUCGACCGUCAAAGCGGAUCUGAUCGCACCGGAGUUCGUGCUUUCGAAAAGAAGGACGGACACGGAAAGGGCAACUGGGGAGACCAGAAGGAUGAGCUCACCGGAGAGACAGAGAACAUCGCUCCGGAGGCUGAGAACUCUGAGCCAGAGGCUCCACGUGAGAAGACUGCUGAGGAGCUCGCUUACGAGGCCGAGCAGGCCGAGUUCGCCAAGCAGAAGACGCUCAAGGAGUUCAAGGCUCAGCAAACUGUAAGUUGAUCCAAUAAAAGUGGAGCAAACUAUUAUUUGCUUGUUUUUCAGGCUGAGGCCCCGAAGUUCAACACCAGAAAGGCUGGGGAGGGUGUCGCUGACACUUUCGGAAAGCUUGUUCCAAUGAAGAAGGACGUUAUUCCGGAUCGCGAGGAGGACGAGGUUGUCGUUAUCCACAAGGCUCCGAGAAAGCAGGUGCUCGACAUCUCGAUCACCUUCCGCAAUGACCGUCCAGAGCGUGAGCGCAACGAUCGUGCCGACAGGCCGCCACGCGGAGGACCAAGAGGAGGACACGCCGGAGGACAUGCCGGAGGACGUGGUGGCCGCGGAGGUCCACGCACUGGAGGACAACGCUCCCACAAUGCUCCGUUCACGGCUUCCGAAGACGCCUUCCCAGCUCUUGGAGCCAAGUAAACCUUUCCCCCAAUACUUCUUCACCACCAAAUGCUCUGUUCUCCUUGUUUCCUUCCCGCUCCUAUCGUCACACCUCAACGUCUGCGUCUAAAAUCUUGUUUCCCCUACUUGUUUAGUCCCCCAUCUACAGCUAGUUUCACCCCAUAUUAGCUUGUUAUUGUUAUCACCUGCCAUUCGAUCUCGACCCCUGAUGAGUUUUAACUGAAAAGCAGUCAAGUGUCCCGAUCAAUGGUUUGCUUGUUUUCGUUUUUUAAUUCAGUCGAAUUCAUUGAUCUUCCAUCUCGAUCCAACCCACUCCGACCUCUAUUCCUGACAUCCCAAGGUCUCAGUGGAAACCAAUCCCCACCAUACUUGUAA